CAUUGGAGGGCGCCGCCGUCAAUCAGCACCCAGGGCUCGCCCCGCCUAGAAACAACCUGCCGAUCCCCCUAGAGGGAAAGGGAUUUGAAGGACGGCAACGGGCCACCAGUCAGAGAUCGGCGUUUGGUAGGCGGCGGCCAAUCGAUGGCCCAGAGGCUGAUGCUCCGGCGGCUGCUGUCCCUCACCCCCAGGACGCUGUCCCCGCAGGGCCCCCCGGCACCCCACAGCAGGGCCUUCAGCACCUCAGCAGGCUGCAGGAACACCUUCAACGUGCAGGACGGCAGCGACUUCCAGGACCGGGUGGUGAACAACCCCAAACCCGUUGUGGUGGACUUCCACGCACAGUGGUGUGGCCCCUGCAAGAUCCUUGGCCCCAGGUUAGAGAAGAUGGUGGCCAAGCAGGAGGGGAAGGUGCUGAUGGCCAAAGUGGACAUUGACGAUCACACGGACCUUGCUAUUGAGUAUGAGGUGUCAGCAGUGCCAACCGUGCUGGCUAUGAAGAACGGAGACGUUGUGGAUAAGUUUGUGGGGAUAAAGGACGAGGAUCAGCUGGAGGCAUUCCUCAAGAAACUCAUCGGAGCCUGAAGUACAAGGGUGGCUGUACCCCUGCCUCUGGACACGUCCAUGUUGUGCAUUCCUUGCCUGGGAGAGCUGAGGGGCACAUGAACUGUCUGCCUUGUACAACCUGGGGUUUUCUUCUGGUUUGGGGUUUUUAGGAGAUGGACAGUGUUGUAACCCUUCCCUCCCACUCCCCCUUCUCUUGAGCAGCAGUAGUUGUAAAGGGCACAGAGGAGUGGAGCUGCUUAUUCUCAAAAUGGGGAAUGCGGCUGGAAUUAGGAGCCUGUGUUUAUCAGCAAAGAGCUGACGUGCGGUGCUGCUGCUGAGUUAAGAGGAGGAAUGUUUUUCUCUUUGCCUAGCAUCUGAUAGCCCAGAGCAGAGGGCAGCUGCUCCCUGCAAGAUGUGGGUACAUACCUGCCCUGGGUGGGUUUGUUUAAAGCUGAGAAUGCCUCUGCCUUGUCUCUGAAACCUGUCUCUUUGUCCCUCUGUCCUCGUGUUGCUGGGACAGAUACAAUUCCUCUACCAAUCCAUGGGCUCCUGUCAUGAUUUUAUAAGAGAAAAUAGAAGUAGUUUAUGGAUCUCCUUUUGUAGGUCUGUAAUAAAGAGAACUUUAUUGGUCGCUGCUGUCUGGCUGGAGAAUAAAACUUGAUUC